AUGGAGCGCCUCUUCUUCUUCGUGCUUUCUCUCUUUACCUUCAAGUUUUUGCUUACCGCCUCGGAGCCUUGCUCCGACGACUCCUGCGUGGAUGGGACCCCCGUGAAGGGUGGCUCUGAGCUCCUGCAGCGCUCACAGUCCUCCUCGAAGACGCUGAAUGCGGAUCGCUUGGAGGGAGCGGAGGGAGCGGGAGCUUUGCUGAGUUACGAGGAGCUGGAGGGCAGAGUCGAGAAGUCCUUCGCCCGGGCACGGGAGCUCGGGAAGCGCAGCAAGCUGUUGAUCGAGAAGAACUUCAAGUCCUUCGAUUCCUCGCAUUACAAGAGCUUCAACAAAGAGCUCAGCUGCAUGGAGAACGUGGAGGAGGGUUUCGAUCACUUCGUGACCCGGUCCUCGCUGGAUCAGGAGCUGACGCCGGUGGAGCUUCAGGAUUUCCGAGCACGGGUCAUCGAGGAGAUGGAGAUCCUGUGCAAGCACGAUGCCGCUGACGGGCAUGUUGACUACAUGCAAGACUUUAUGCAGGCUUUGGAAGACGAGCGCCCUCUCUUGACUCAAAGGCUGCAGGAGAUCUUGCUAGAGCAAUACCAUGAGGUGAGCUUCGAGUUUGCCGAGUGGCUGGCCAACUUCUCCGCCAUCGACCUCCAGCAUCGCACCGGCAUCCAGCAGCCUCACGAGAACCGGACCCUUCUGCUGGAAACGAGCCGGAGCAUCGUGGAGCGCAUGAAGAAGCGCACUCUGCCCGCCAACUUCGACGCCCGCAACCAUUGGCCCGAGUGCAGCGAGAUCAUCGGCCGGAUCCACAACCAAGGUCAGUGCGGAAGCUGUUGGGCUUUCGGAGCGUUGUCAGCCGUGGACAGCCGCCUCUGCAUCUCCACUAAUGGCCUCUUCAGUGGCCCCAGCGCACAGAUCGCCCGCGGCUUCGUGACUUCCUGUACCUACGAAAGCCCCCGCGAUGGCUGCUCAGGAGGUUGGCCCAGUGACGUCUUCAGGUUCUUGGACCAAAGUGGAUCCCCCACCGGUGGCGACGCCGGCUGUUCGCCGUACUUCGGACACGGUGAGGGCACGGAGCACUUCGCCCAGACCUCCACAGCACCUCCGUGCCCGACAGAGUGCUCAAACACCGGAUUUUCCAGGACUUUGCACGAGGAUCGCUUCAAUCUGGGCCUCAGCACCUACCUCGACCUCGACCUUAUGAGCCACCCUAAGCCCGCCCUCGCCUACCAGCUGAUUCGGGAGGCGCUCUUGGCAGGCGGGCCGGUGCCCGCAGCCAUGAUGGCCGAUGGGCCCUUCAUGGAGUACUCCAGUGGGGUCUACACGCAUUCCUGUGACAUGUCCCCGAAUCACGCGGUGACGGCCAUUGGCUGGGAACCCGACAGCUGGAUCUGCCUGAACUCCUGGGGCCCAAACUGGGGCGAGGGUGGGAGCUUCCGUGUGGGCUUGUGCGUCUUGACGCACGUCAGCAUCCCAACGAUGAGCAUGGCAGGCACCAGCGAUGCCUACGGCUUCCCCCUGGCCGGAAGCACCGAAACCCCAGCACCGGGCCUGAAUCCUGCAGCUCGCUAUCCGAGUGUGGAUGCGGCCAUCGAUGCUUUGACAGCCGUGACAAUCAACAGGGGCUGCAAGUGCUCAGACAGUUGCGCCACAAAGUCGUGGGAUCCCGACCCAGUCCCCUGGUGCUUCGUGCAAGACUCCGUGUGUCAGGGCACCAAUUGGGGGUACUGCGAGUAUCAGGAUGCCGGUGCAGCCGCCACCACCACGACCACGACCACGACAACUACCACAACUACCACGACUACCACGACUACCACGACAACUACGACGACCACUACGACCACCACGACCACCACGACCACCACGACCACCACGACAACCACGACGACCACCACCACAACCACGACGACCACCACGACCACCACGACCACUACGACCACCACGACCACCACGACCACCACGACCACCACGACAACCACCACGACCACCACGACAACCACCACGACCACCACGACCACGACGACGACCACCACGACCACCACGACGACCACCAGCACAACUACGACUACGACCGCGGCCACCACGACGACCGCAGCCUCUUCAGGGAAGAAGCCUUGGAAGCUGAGGAAGGGCCCCUGCACAGUUGAUGCGGCAGGCUGCAUCAUGAGCCGGAAUUAUGGAGGCAGCAACAAGUACCGCAACAGAGAGGAGUGCGAGUUUGACGUGAAGGAGGAAGCAUCGAUGGAGGUGCUGGAUUUCCAAGUGGAGGGUUAUGACUACGACUACCUCGAGGUGAACGGCGAGAAGUACAGCGGAGACAACACUCCCCAUGGAAAAGUACCUACGGGCAAAAUUGAGUGGUCUUCCGAUUACAGUGUGACACACUAUGGUUGGAAGAUUUGCCCAAAGCCGGUGCCAGCACCGGCACCCGACGCUGAGAAGUACACCACAAAGGAUUGCCUGUGCAAGCAUGGGUGGAGUUACUGGGGCGUUGACGUGGAAGGCUACUGUGGCAACCCGGACAACGACGCUACUGGCGACUGGUGCAGGGUGGAGGACCGAGGCUGCCAGGGCACCUGGUGGGGCUACUGCAAGAAGCCGUAG